CGUGUCUUUUCCCACAACCUGGGUAACAGUCUCACCAGAGCCUUUAAAGAAAUAUAACUCUCUGAGUGGUCGUAUGCUUUUGUGUUGUUCUGUCUUUCUUCGUUCUCCUUUGUGCAGCGAUGCCAGCUGUGAACAGCUUUACAAUCAACUGCGACGCGGUGAACGAGGAGGGGACGUUUUCUCAGGGAGACACUGUGACGGGACAAGUAAUUCUGUCCUUAUCUAAGGAAACCAAAGCUCAGCGGCUGUUUGUGAAGGCUAAAGGAGACGCAAACGUCCGAUGGACGCAAAAGCGCGGCGAACACACGCAUACAUACUCGGCGCACCGGAGAUAUUUUAAACUGAAAGAGUUUUUAAUCCCAGAAGGCACGGAGGAAACUGUUUUGCCUGAAGGGACCCAUGUCUACAAAUUCAGCUUUAGGAUCCCAUCUGAAAACAUGCCAUCGUCUUUCAGAGGAUCUCAUGGAAAAAUUGUCUACAAACUGGAGGCCAAACUGUCCAGGAGCUGGAGGAUGGAUUCCACUGCAGAGAAGGAGCUCAAUUUUGUCUCAAAGUCCUUCCCAAACUUCAACGCUCUUUUAUCACCGCAAGUCGGUUCCACAGAGAAGGAGAUGGGGAUGUUCUCUAAGGGACAAGUGCACAUGGAUGCCACUGUUAACAAGACAUUGUACGCCCCAGGUGAAACCAUACUGAUAUCUACAAAAGUCAACAAUGCUUCUUCUCGAGACAUGACUCCCAAAUUUAGCCUGGUGCGGAGUGUUCAGUUUCGCGCUCAAGGAGACACCAAAAAUGAGGAGUACACUGUCGAGAAAGUGGCCGAUAAGGUUAUGAAACCCCACACCCAACAGGAGGUCAAGUGUGAGAUGAAGAUUCCCACUGAUGAGAUGCUUUCCAUCGAGAACUGCGAAAUCAUCUCGGUGACACACCAAUUAAAGGCAUAUCUGGACAUCAGCUUUGCCUUUGAUCCAGAGAUCAUCUUCCCAGUGCUUAUUUCACACCCUACUUUAGUCUUUGGUGCUAAUAACAGUGGGCCUGUGGGUCCUUAUCCUGUUGCCGCUUUCGGUGGUCCAGCCAACAGUGACUUCCUUCCCCCUGCAAUGGCUGUUGGUCCUUACCCUGCACCCCCGUUUUCAGGUCCCUACGGCUACCCAGGUGCCCAAAGUCCUUCUGCACCACCACCUGCAUACCCAAGCAAUCCACAAGCUUAUUAUGGUCCGCCAGGACCUUAUGGUCCUCAGCCACCUCCCAUAUAUGGGGCCCACAGCAACCCAGUGCCACAGGGGCCUUCUCCAUAUGGAUCUCCAUUUUCACCCUCUUCAUCCUCCACCAUGCUUCAUCCUCCACCGCCCGCGCCCAUGUUCGACGUGCCCCCUUCGGGGCCCCAGGUCCAGCCACCUUUUUCCUCCGUGUCUCCUUCAGCUCCCACUUUCAACCCAAUGCCUUCUGCUCCAGACAUGACUACAGACUUCCUGUCUCAGACAAAUGAUGCUCCUCCGGCAUACACAUCGCUUUUCCCAUCUUCGACUCCGGAAAAGUCAGAUACAAAAUAACCACACAUCUAAAUUAUGACUAAAAUAUAUAGGAAACCACGAAGGCUUUACCAUGCUCCCUAAGAAUCCUCUAAAUGUGUUGUUUGAGAGUGACAUAUUAAAGCUGGUGUAAUCAUUAUUAGAUUUAUUAAGCAUAAGGAAGUAUACUGGAAAAGAAAAUGUUGCCUUGGCAUGUCAUGUUGCAGAUGAUUUCUGAUGAGUUUCAGUUGCCUUUGGCCUUUUUGUCUGGUGCUAAUAAUGUAACUAAGCCUAUAUUCUCAGGAUACCGUCUGAUAAAAUGCCUUAACAUUUAAAAUGUGCUUUUGUUUUUAGCAUAAAUUUAUACCCGUCUACCUCUAUAUAACUUGUGUAAAGCAUGUCAAAAGCUUGUAUUUUAUGGAUUUACUAUGUUAAAAUAAAGAUCCUUAAAUUAUUUCUGUUUGUCUUUUUAUGUUAGAUUAAGGAUUUAGUAAUGCAAGAGAGUUGUGAUAAAUUGAUAAAGGUAUAUGAUGUCAUUUGAAUAAAUUCAUGCUAAUUCAUGCUAAAUUCGUACAACUUUGCCUGCUAACUCAAAUAGUGGUACACAUUUCACCAGUCUAAUCGUUUAGGUAUCCAGAUAUGGCGAAGAUGUUUUGCUGUACUUCAAACCAACCAUCAGAAUGGGAUUUGAAUGCUUUUGAAAAUGGAAUAAUGUAACUAUAUUUGUGUGUUUCAGUAUUGAUUUUCAUUUUUGUUCAUUGAAAGGUCUUGCCACAGUUCCUUUGUUUAGAUUCUUGGUUUAUUUAUUUGUAUACUUCCUCGUGCAUUUGCAUUUAUUUUCUUUUAGAUCAUUGUCAGGCCUUUUCCCACGUUUUGUAGUUUCUUUGAUCUUUAGUUCACGUCAUUCUGUGCCUCCACUGUUCCUUAUUUUCCUUUGAUUAGGCAAUUUGGUUUCUUUAUUUCCCCUUUUCCUUGCCGCAGUAUUUAAGUUCCUGGAUUGCCGCUACAUCUUUUUAUGUACUGCUACCUUCCCUGCUUUUUUUUCUUUAAGUUCUCAUAUUUUAUUCUACAGUACACUAUUUUUGCUAGUCUGUCUCUGUGCCUAGGUCCUCUUUAAACCUAAAAAAAAAAAUAAAAGGUUUUUGGUGCCUGAA